AGGGCUGCUUGAGGAAGCAGGCGCAAUGGCCAAUGCCUCAACAGACCUGGACAAUGCUGAGGCCCAGAGACAGCUCAACAACAACAACAGGCCUUCAAGCACAGGAUUCUGGGAAACAGAGACCACCAGUGCCAAACUAUUUGAGUGCUCCCGCAUCAAAGCACUUGCAGAUGAGAGGGACGCAGUCCAGAAGAAAACCUUUACUAAGUGGGUGAACUCUCAUUUGGCCCGUGUGUCCUGCCGUAUCUCUGACCUGUAUAAUGACCUGAGAGACGGAUACAUGCUCAUCCGGCUGCUGGAGGUGCUGUCAGGAGAGCUGCUGCCUCGGCCCACGAGAGGCAGGAUGAGGAUUCACUGUUUGGAGAAUGUGGAUAAGGCUCUUCAGUUCCUCAAAGAACAGAGGGUUCAUCUAGAAAAUGUUGGUUCUCAUGAUAUAGUUGAUGGAAACCACCGCCUCACUCUCGGCCUCAUCUGGACCAUCAUCCUCCGCUUCCAGAUCCAGGUGAUUAAGAUUGAGACGGAGGACAACCGAGAGACACGCUCCGCUAAAGAUGCCCUACUUCUGUGGUGUCAGAUGAAAACAGCAGGGUACCCAGAGGUCAACAUUCACAACUUCACCACCUGCUGGAGGGACGGCCUUGCUUUCAACGCUCUUAUUCACAGGCACAGGCCUGAUUUAAUUGAAUUCCACAAGUUGACCAGAUCCAAUGCAACACACAACCUCCAGCAAGCCUUUAACAUAGCUGAGCAGAGCCUCGGACUCACCAAACUACUAGACCCUGAGGAUGUAAACACAGAGAAUCCAGAUGAGAAGUCCAUCAUCACUUAUGUAGUUUCCUACUAUCAUUAUUUCUCCAAAAUGAAGGCACUUAUUGUAGAAGGGAAGAGAAUUGGAAAGGUGUUGGACAGUGCAAUAGAAGCUGAGAAGAUCGUUCGCCGUUACGAGGCUUUAGCGUCCGACCUGUUAGAGUGGAUCGAGAGAACCAUUAGCAUCAUUAGCAACCAGAAAUUUGCAAACUCGUUGUCGGGUGUUCAGCAACAGCUUCAAGCCUUUACCACCUACUGCACCAUUGAGAAGCCUAUCAAAUUCCAGGAGAAAGGGAACCUGGAGGUGCUGCUUUUCACCAUCCAAAGUAAGCUCAGAGCUAACAAUCAGAAGCCAUAUAUGCCUCAUGAUGGGAAACUCAUCUCAGACAUCAAUAAGGCGUGGGAGAGACUAGAGAAGGCGGAGCACGAUAGGGGCGUGGCUCUUAGAAAAGAGCUGAUUCGUCAGGAAAAGCUAGAACUUCUAGCUCAACGAUUCGAUCACAAGACCACCAUGAGGCAGGCUUGGCUGAAUGAAAACCAGCGUCUCGUCUCACAGGAUAACUUCGGCUAUGACCUGCCAGCCGUUGAAGCUGCCAUGAAGAAACACGAGGCGAUCGAAGCAGACAUCUUUUCAUACGAGGAGCGCAUCAGUGUUGUGGUGGAACUGGCGACUGAGAUGGAGUCAGAAGGCUACUAUGACAUCCGACGUAUCUUGGCACGCAAAGAAAACAUCUUCGGCCAGUGGAGCCUUCUGAAGGAGCUGGUGGUGGGACGUAAAGCCCGCCUGGAGAAGAACCUGGCCUUGCAGAAGACCUUCCAAGAGAUGGUCUACAUGAUCGAUUGGAUGGAGGAGAUGCAGGUUAAGCUGCUGUCUAAAGACUAUGGCAAACAUCUUCUUGAAGUGGAGGACAUGCUCCAGAAACAGAGUUUACAGGAGGCUGACAUCUCUAUACAGGCAGACAGAGUUCAAACUCUCAACGCUGCAGCUCUCAAAUUCACCACUAUUGAAGGUUACCAGCCGUGUGACCCUCAGGUAAUUUGUAACCGGGUCAACCACGUCAACACCUGCCUGGAAGAAUUAAAGCAGCUGGCUGCAAAACGGCACUCGGAGCUGGAGGAUUCGCGUGAGCUUUGGGCCUUCUUUCAGGAGGUAGAGGAAUCAGAGAAUUGGAUCCGAGAGAAGACGUCCAUCUUGGCCACGCAGAGCUGCGGAAAAGACCUGAGUAGUGUCCUGCGACUGCUGCAGAAGCACAAAUCUUUGGCUGGAGAGCUGUUGGCACGACGUGCAUUACUUCAGCAGACCAUGAAGAAGGGCAAGCAGAUCCUCACCCAGAAGAGCUUCGGUACGGCAGGAAUACAAGAGCGACUGAUGGAGGUCAAGGCGGACUGGAAGAGACUUGAGGACCAGGCCACACAGAGACUGUGUAACCUACAGGAGGCACUGGACUUUUUUCAGUUUAGCACCGAGACGGACGAUCUACUAGCUUGGCUACAGGAUGCUUACCGUCUUGUUUCUAGUGAGGACUUCGGACAUGAUGAGUAUUCAACGCAGUCUCUCCUUAAAAAGCACAGAGGUGUCCGAGAGAGUGUCGAUAAACACCGCAUACAAGUGGUGGGCCUUCGGAAACACAUGGUUGCAUUGCCAUUGCAUUAUCGGGAGCUGGAUGAAGUGCGAGCGCGUAUGGCUGAGACGGAGCAGCUCUACACAGAGGUGGCGGAAGUUGCCGUGCUGCGGCAGCAGUGGCUUCAUGAUGCACUGGCUGUGUAUCACAUGUUUAGUGAGGUGAAUGCCUGUGAGGUGUGGAUUGAUGAGAAAGAGCAGUGGCUGAACAGGAUGGAGGUUCCCGAGAGACUAGAGGACGUGGAGGUGAUCGCACACAGGUUUGAGAGCUUGGACCAAGAGAUGAACAGCCUUAUGGGAAGGAUUCUAGACGUUAAUCAGAUUGUCCAGCAGCUUUUAGACAGCGGUCAUCCCAGUUCCACUGAAGUCAGGGGCUGUCAAGAUCACUUGAACAGCAGGUGGAACCGCAUUGUGGAGCUGGUCGAGCAGAAGAAAGAUCACCUGGACUCAAUCCUGCGCAUCCAGAACUACUUACUGGAAUGCACAGAGAUCAAGUCCCAGAUACAGGACAAGCGGAAAGCCAUAGAUGCCACGCAGUAUGUGGGCAGUGACCUGGGCAGCGUGCUGGCACUGCAGCGCCGUCUCUCCACCAUGGAGGGAGCUCUGGUGGUUCUUGAGCCCAAGCUCCUUCACCUUCAGGAGGAAGCGGAGGAGCUCGCCACAUCCCAUCCAGACAAGGCCGUAGACAUCCUGGUUCCCUUUGAGGGGAUCAGCGUGGAGUGGGAAGAGCUAAAGCGUACAUUACAAGGCUGUGAGGACUCUUUAACUGUCGCUGGCCGUUUACAACAGUUCAUUCAAGACUUGGAUUCAUUCCUCACCUGGUUAGUGCAAACCCAGACAGCUGCUGCUUCGGAUGAGCUUCCCAAUGCUUUAGAGGAUGCAGAACGGCUGAUAAACCAACACGCCGCACUCAAGGAGGAGAUCGGAAGGUACGAAGAGGACUAUGAGCGUCUCCAGGCUGUGAAUGAGCUCUUGGAGACAGAGGAAGCGCCGUUGCCUCAUGGAGCUCUGCAGCAGUGGCUGCACAAGCUGGACGUGGGCUGGAACAAACUGCUGGAGAUGUGGGAGAGCAGGAGGGAGGUGCUGGUGCAAGCUCACAUCUUCCAUCUCUUCCUGAGGGAUGUCAAGCAGGCCGAGGCUUUCCUCAAUAACCAGGAGUCAGCGCUGGCCCAUGUGGAGCUUCCCACCACAGUGGAGACGGUGGAGGCAGCCAUCAAAAAGCACAAGGACUUUACCACCACCAUGGAGAUAAACCUGCACCGCAUUAAAGCUGUCAUAGAGGCGGGAGAGAGCCUCAUCAGUCAGCACAAUAUCUAUUCAGAGCGCAUCAGAGAAAGAGUGGAUCUACUCGCUAACAGAGGGAACAAAAACCGUGAACACGCUCAGCAGUGGCUUCGUAAGCUCAAUGACCAGUGGGAGCACCAGAGGUUUCUACAAGACUGCCAUGAGAUUGGUGAUUGGGUGGCAGAAAAGAUGCUAAUGGCUCGUGAUACCUCCCAUGACGAAGCUCAGAAGCUUCAUAAGAAGUGGCUGAAACAUCAGACCUUCAUGGCAGAACUUGCUCAGAACAAGGAGUGGCUGGACAAGAUCGAGAAAGAGGGCCAGCGGUUAAUGCAGGAGAAGCCAGAGAUGAGCGCGCUGGUGAAGAAGAAGCUGGAGGAGAUCCGUGAGUGCUGGCAGGAUCUGGAGAGCACCACCCAAGCCAAAGCUCGGCAGCUGUUCGAGGCCAACCGAGCCGACCUGCUGGUACAGAGUUACUCCAGUCUGGACCAGAGACUCCAGCAGCUUGAGGGACAGCUGGCACACGUGGACUACGGCCAGGACCUGACCACUGUCAACAAGCAGCUGAAGAAACUACAGACGAUGGAGUGUCAGAUGGAGGAGUGGUAUAAAGAGGUUGGAGAGCUGCAGGCCCAGGCGGCCUCCAUCCCUCAGCAGGGGCAGGUGGAAAAGGUGUCCGGGAGACAAGCCGGGGUGGAAACGCGAAUCGUACGACUGAUUGAGCCUCUGAAAGAGAGACGUCGUAUCCUGCUUGCCUCUAAAGAAGUGCACCAAGUGGGCCGUGACCUUGAGGAUGAAGUGUUGUGGAUACAAGAGCGUCUUCCAGUGGCCACUUCUCAGGAACAUGGCACAAGUUUGCAAGCUGUACAGCAACUCAUGAAGAAGAAUCAAAGUCUGCAGAGGGAGCUUCAAGGUCAUCGUGGACGUGUGGAGGAUGUUCUGGAGAGAGCAGGUGUGAUUGCGUCUAUCCGCAGUCCAGAAGCAGACAGCAUCAGGGCCGGCAUGGAGCAGCUCCAUCAGCUGUGGGAGAUGCUGUGGACAGAGACUGAGCACCGCCAGCUCCGGCUGGAUGUCAUGUACCAGGCGCAGCAGUACUACUUUGAUGCAGGAGAGGUGGAGGCUUGGCUCAGUGAGCAGGAACUGCACAUGAUGAAUGAGGAGACGGGAAAGGAUGAGGCCAGUACUCUGAAUCUCCUGAAGAAACAGUUGGCGCUAGAGCAGACCAUAGAGGACUAUGCCGAGACCAUCGGAAUGCUUUCUCAGCAGUGCAGACAGCUGCUGGAGCUCGGACAUCCAGACUGUGAGCAGAUCAGUAAGCAUCAGUCUCAGAUCGACAGGCUGUACGUGUCUCUGAAGGACUUGUCGGAGGAGAGGAAGUCUCGUCUGGAGCAGCAGUACUGGCUCUAUCAGCUCAACAGGGAGGUGGAUGAACUUGAGCAGUGGAUCGCAGAGAGGGAGGUCAUCGCCAGCUCCACUGAACUCGGACAGGACUUCGAGCAUGUCACGAUUCUGCAGGAGAAAUUUACAGAGUUUGCAAUGGAGACUGGGAGCCUGGGGCAGGAGAGGGUCACAGCUGUCAACCAGAUGGUUGAUGAGCUCAUAGAUUACGGCCACGCUGAUGCAGCCACCAUCGCCGAAUGGAAGGAUGGCGUGAACGAGGCCUGGGCGGAUCUGCUGGAGCUGAUGGAGACACGGGGACAGAUGCUUGCUGCUUCACACCAGUUACACAAGUUCUUCUCUGACUGCCGAGAGGUUUUAGCACAGAUCGAGGAUAAGCAGAGGAGGUUACCUGAGGUUCGUGCGUGUCAAGGAGGAACUUCAAACACCAGCACUCUUCAGAGACUUAUGCAGACUUUUGAACAUGAUAUUCAGCUACUUGUUACACAGAUAAGACAGUUGCAGGAGAGUGCAGCCCAGCUCCGAACAGUGUAUGCCGGGGAGAAAGCAGAAGCCAUCGCCAUGCAGGAACAUGAAGUGAUGCAGGGGUGGAAAGAGCUGCUCAUAUCCUGUGAGGACUGUCGAAUGCAAAUCACCACAGCGACAGACAAGUUGCGCUUCUUUGGGAUGGUGCGUGAUCAGCUGAUGUGGAUGGACAGCAUCAUCUGUCAGAUAGGAACUGGCGAGAAACCAAGCUCUUUCCUCAGAGCUUUAAUGGGAUAUGGGCUCUCUGGUGCUUGCAGGGACGUGUCAUCUGUGGAGGUCCUGAUGAACUAUCACCAGAGCCUCAAGAGUGAGGUGGAGGCCCGAAACAAGAGCGUCCUACAGUGUAUCGAGAUGGGCAAGACUCUACUGGCUGCCCGUAACCCUGCAUCAGAAGAGAUCAAAGAAAAGCUGGAGAAAGUUUUGGCCAAGCAGCAAGAGCUCACUGAGAAAUGGGAAAAACACUGGGAAGAGUUGCAGCACAUGUUGGAGGUGCAUCAGUUUGCUCAGGAAGCAGUGGUAGCAGAGGCCUGGCUCACUGCUCAGGAACCCCUCCUAAGUAGUAAUGAACUGGGUGGCAGUGUGGAUGAGGUUGAGCAACUGAUUCGCAGACACGAAGCCUUUCGCAAAGCUGCGGCCACAUGGGAAGAACGCUUCAGCUCUUUACGUCGUCUUACCACAGUAGAGAAGAUAAAGGCAGAGCAGAGUAAGCUUCCCCCAACUCCCUUGCUGGGACGGAAGGUUUUCUUGGACCCUCAGGACUCUUCUCCGGCUCGCAGUAGCCCUUCCUCCAUCAUAAGACAGACCAUUUAUGAGCAGGGCGAGCCCCGGUUGGAGCGCAUCAUCCCUCAGCCCUCUCCUUCUUCUGUGUCCCGAAGACUGGGUUCUACUGUGGCCAACUACACUCCCAUCAUGAAUGGAGCUUAUCGCCUUCAGGAAGCCAGGAAUGCUGGAAUUGUUGGAGUGGCUGCAGGACUGGGCACUUCUAUGGAGCAUAAGGUCACCCAAUUGCGAGUGGAAUUUAAGGCCCAAGUCCCACAGAACAUCCAUGAGGCAGUCCACCCCCUACUGGAGAGAGACAGGGAACGGGAGCGAUAUCAUGAGAACGUGAUGGCAGAGGUGGUGCUCCAGGAGCCCGGCGGAGGAAGGGAACGCCUAAACAGCAUGGUGGGAGGGAGUGGGAGCAGUCGCUCUGAGCUUUUGGUGGAGCAGCAUCCCCCUCCAAGGGAGGCACGGCUGGAAAGGCAACUAUCAACUGAGCAGCUGAUUCAGGCACGCAGGGACGAGCUGCCUCAGGAGGUGUGGAGAGAACGAGCUGGGAGGGCAGAGAGGAGGUUGGAGAGACAGACAUCUAGUGAACAGGAAGGUCAUGAGGUGCGGCGUAGGGACAGACACCGACUGGAGAGACAGGACAGCAGCGAACAGGAGGCCAGGGAGCAGUCGGACAGACGCUCCGCUGGCGGGGACAAAAGGUCAACGCUAGCUGAGAUUGUGGAGCAGCUUCAGGAAAGAGAAGCUGCACAGGCACGAGGAGAGCUUCCACGUCUACCCAACGGUUUUCCUGAGAAGUCUUCUAGACUGGACCGGCCACGUGCUCGCGACAGACCCAAACCGAGAAGAAGACCCCGACCCAAGGAGCCAGCUGGCGAAACACGGCGCUCAAGGUCUGCGCCAGCCCAGAGCAGCCCACCAGUACCCCAACCGCCUACCCACACUGCCCAGCGUGAAGGGUUCCUAUUCCGCAAAAUAGACAUUGAGGUCCAAAAGAAGAGUUCGAACAGCAGAUCUUGGGUGAACUUGUACUGUGUGCUGAAUAAAGGUGAGCUGGGCUUCUAUAAGGAUGCGAAGAACACCUCCACACCUUACAACAACGAGCCACUUAUCAACCUGAGCCGUUGUGCCUGCGAUAUCAACAAUGGUUACAAAAAGAAGAAGAAUGUCUUCACACUCAAAACUAACGAUGGAAGUGAGUUUCUGUUCCAUGCUAAAGAUGAGGACGAUCUAAAAAGCUGGAUCACAAGUAUAAACACCAGUAUAAGUGAGCAUGAAGAGAUAAAUGGCAAUCGGGGGCAGACCCAUCUAACUACCUCAUCUACUGACGAGGGAACACGCAGGGAAGGCAGCAGAGCAGGCGGCUCGGAAAGAGGUGAAAAGUCAGACCGAGCCGACGGGGGAUCUGUGCGCUCAGACAAGGGUGAAAAGCCUGAGAAAAAGACAGGCAAGAAGAAAUGAGCACAUGAUAGCAGUGAGACAGGAGCCGGGACUACGGAAAUCCAGGACAGUGCUCUGACGGAAUCAGGAAACAAAGGCGUCACUGUGAACUCCCUUUAUCUCUUGCUGUCCAGUUGAGUGUGGGAUCAAGCAACAUGGAGGAGCACGAAGCUCAUGUGUCAGUGAGCGCCCUCUAGUGGCUGCCGAGUACCAUGACAAUUAAGGAGCUCCAAAUGGGCCAAAGAGCUGAUAGCAUAGGCACAUGGAGGAUAAAAGAGAAAGAUGUUAUAGUAAAGUAGCUCACGAAGAUUAUUUUCUAAUCCGUCUGUGAAAAAGAUGACCCAUAUGUAUGUGUACCCGUCUCUCUCUUUGUAUAUUGAACGUCUCAGCAUCAGUUCUAUACAAUCCUGCGCUGAAGAAAAUAGAAAUAUGCCAAAAUCUUUCUCAAGAUUAGUCUUUUUCUGAAGAGCAUGUUUUGUCUGUUUAUUUUGUAAGUUGUUUUGCUCUUUUAUACUGUUAACGUGUUGAUUUGUAUUCAUUGGCUCUUCCACACGAUUUUGAUUCUGGUCUUGCCACUUUGUAGACCACGUUUGAAUGGCAUAUGACAUAUCAGAGCAUGCCUACAAGGUUUAACAAGUGAAGAAAUAAAUGGUCUGUUUCAAAUAAAGGGAAGCGGUUCACCUGCUGUGAGUGUGUAUUCUCAGAUUUGAUUACUAGGGUUUAUUGGUUUCGUAUGUGAGUUUUCCAAGUGUGCAGGAAAUUCUCAACCAUUUAUCUCAUAUUAUGCAUCAAAUGUUGCGUGUGAGUUCAUUCGCUCUUUUAAUGGCCGAUUACCAAAUCAGUUAGGUGUGUAUGUGUCUAUGCAUGCAUGCACUGCAUUCGUCAUCAAGCUAUUCUGAACGUGAGAUCAAGUUUACAUCAUUUUAUUUAUCCUCAAAAGUCUUCCAAGCACAGAACUGAUUGUUUUGUAAAACUUUAGUUUUUGCCUUUUGUCACGUUCUCCCAACAUGGAUCUGUAUGGGCUGAAUGCCAUGUAGAUGUUAUUAUGUGAUUGUUUCUCCUGAUUGGCAGAAACGGGGUUAAAUAUGUCUCUGAAUUGUGUAGUUCUGCAGGUAAUCGUAUAGAAAGCCCAUAGCUAGCAAAAAAUGCAAGGUAUAUUGCAAGAAAAGCGGUACAUGCUUUAGACAGCUCUGCAAAUCAUGACAAAUCCAAUUUGGUUCUUUUGAGAUCCAGUCAUAUACAUGCAUACACACUGCAGUUGAAACUACAUGGUAACUACAUAAUGACGUGCUAUUUUUCAUGCAACAUACAGGGUUUGAAAUUAAAUGUCAAAGUGUGUGUGUUAAACAGAAACGUAAUGUUUCAUGUUUUAUAUGUGCACCUCAUUGUCCUAACGUCUGUCAGCUGUAGUCCUCAGCACAUUGUCUUUAAAUGUAAAAAAAAAAAGCCUAAAUAAUGUUAGAAGCAAUGGUGUUCUUUUUGUAAAGAGAAAUGUAAAGCAGUAAUUGAAAGAGAGGAGAUUAUGUCCAUGUACAUUUUCUUCAGUCAACAAGUGGUUUCUCUGCAAGCUCAUGAUUGUUCCUUCAUCUGAACAGAGCGUCAUGCAAAUGCUUUUGUAAUGUCCCAGCUUUUAAAUAUUCAAUUGUCAUCUCUCGUUUUUCUAUACACUCUCAAAGCAUUGUAUACAGUAUAUAUCGAAAGAGCUUUCUGUGUCUGGGUCUGAAUUUCUCUUCCUUUGACUCCUCUGGUUUUGUCUCCAAGUCUACUUUUUGGUAUAAAAAAAAUCCUAUUUUUAUGCAAUAAAAUAACUUAUACAGACAGAAGGUAUG